AAAUUAAUCGUGUUAAACUUAACGAAGCCCUUGCACAUUCUCCCAACACUUCACCUUUCCUACCCUUCCCCCCUCACCAUUUACCUUUAUCUGUGCCACUGGAAGAGCUCCAAACUCCUCUUCGAUCCCUCAUGGCAGUGACUGAACAAGUUUCUGAGACACUGAAAUACGAGCAGACCUUUGCCUUGAAGGUUUCCAUCCACUGCGAAGGCUGCAAGAGAGAAGUGAAGAAAUCCCUUCAGCAUAUAGAUGGUGUUUACAAGAUUUUCAUCGACAGCCAGCAGCACAAGGUAGUGGUAACUGGCAAUGUCAAGGCAGAGACCCUUGUGAAGAAGCUCACAAAGACAGGGAAGCAUGCUGAGCUCUGGCCUGAGCACAAACCCACUGAAAAGAAGAUCAAGAAAAACAACAAGGCCGAUGAUGGCGACGCCAGCAGGCCGCCACAAAACCCUGAGAAAAAAGCACAAAGCUCUCCUGCCAAUCCCAACUCUGCUAAAGAGAAACCAGAGCAGGCUGCCAAGAGUGGAGGUGGUGGUAAGAAAAAGGGGAAGAAGGAAAAUAUCAAUGACGUUGAAGUAACUCCAAGCAGGGACAUGGGAGAUGGAAGUACUGGAACCAUCCUGAUCCCUCAACAACUCAACUUCCCUUCGUGUGUAGUCAGCUAUAGCUCCGUCCAGCCAAGCAUGAGCUACGGAGGAGCACACUACCAGAUGCCGAUGCAGGAGAAUGGGUACUUGAGCUAUCCGCCAUUGCCCCGACCUUGUGAGCUCUUCGACGAAGAGAAUGCUAAUGGCUGCCGCAUCAUGUAGUUCGUGUAGUAAAAUAGUAGAGCUCUAGUGUAAUGGUGGGGAGUCUCUUUUGUUUGUGUAAAAUGGUUUCUGGUGAUUAUGAACCUGGAUGAAAAGAAAAGAGAUCAUGUAGCUUAUGCUCUUAUUUACCCUAAGAAUCAUUCAGGUGGGGAAGGCAGAUUCAAUUCA